AUGGCGACUGUCAUUCACAACCCCCUGAAAGCGCUCGGGGACCAGUUCUACAAGGAGGCGAUCGAGCACUGUCGCAGCUACAACUCGCGGCUGUGCGCCGAGCGCAGCGUCCGCCUGCCCUUCCUGGACUCGCAGACCGGCGUCGCGCAGAACAACUGCUACAUCUGGAUGGAGAAGAGGCACCGGGGACCAGGUCUGGCCCCAGGUCAGCUGUACACGUACCCGGCUCGCUGCUGGCGCAAAAAGAGGCGUUUGCAUCCCCCUGAGGACUCCAGGCUGAAGCUGCUGGAAAUUAAACCUGAAGUUGAUCUGCCUCUGAAAAAAGAUGGCUUCACAUCAGAAGGUACAACUCUGGAAGCCUUACUGCGUGGAGAGGGAAUAGAGAAAAAAACGGACACUAAAGAAGAAGACACUAUACAGGAAAUCCAGAGGGUUUUAGAGAAUGAUGAAAAUGCAGAUGAAGUGAAUGAGGAAGAGGACUUGGAAGAAGAUAUUCCAAAACGAAAGAACAGGCCUAGAGGACGGCCAAAGACCCCCACCUGGAAAAAAAUUUUCCAGAAAAAUGCUCGGGGAUCUGGAGGUGGCAGGAGACGGAAUGAUGCUGCCUCCCAGGAUGAUCAUGACAAACCCUAUGUUUGUGAUA